AGUUCAGAAUUUGUAGAACCAGAACUACUCUACAAACCCAGAGACAGAUUAUUUAAACACUGUUUUCUUUUCUAUUCCAGGAGCAGCUUGGUGAUGAUAUGCAGAUGGAGCUGUGCAGCACUUCUGAUGGAAGAACAUCGAGAUCAGUGGGACACGACCCCCCUGUGGAGCCGUACAGUGACUGGACAAAACCUCUAAAAAAGGAAGAAACUGAUGAUGAAGAUUAUUUCUGUGGAGCCUCAUCAAGUUCGGUAGAAGUCAUCACUCCUGAGGAACACAAAGGACAUACUGAAGGAUUCCAGAACAUUCUGAAAGAUAAACCUAGACAUGAAGACUAUCUCUAUUGUGAGGAUUGCAAAUCUUUCUAUGUCAACAAGUGUGAGGUUCACGGUCCGGCUCUCUUCAUCCCUGAUGUUGCGGUUCCACUGGGGGUCUCUGACCGAGCCACACAAACCGUUCCUCCAGGUCUAGAGAUUCUGAAGUCCGAAAUUCCAGACUCAGGCCUUGGAGUGUUUAACAAUAGUGACACGAUUCCUGUUGGUGUGCACUUCGGGCCUUACCAGUUAGACACGGUAAAGCAAGAGCAAGCCAUGAACAGCAGCUGCUCCUGGGUGGUGAGAGAGCUUCAUGGUUCUUAUGAUAGUUCCAUUGAGAUGGUCAUUUAUGUGGUUUCUUUGUGUCAUGACAUUAUAUUUUAAAUUUGAUCAACACUGCUCGCUGUACAGUUCACACACGCACACACAAACAUGUAUAUACACACAUAC